UCCUGUCUGAAAUCUCAGUUCUUCCUAGCACACUGGGAAGUGAAGCUUGAUUUUUUAGGUAGGGAAUUCCCUUUUGGAAACCUUUUGAGACAGCAGAAAAGAAACAGACGUACAAAAACUGCUUUGAAGGGAACUUUCUGGGACUAGUGAUUUUGAAAAGGGCUUUUCUUGGAGGCAGAAGACGAAGAAGAAGAAGCUGGGUGAUUUAUCUUUCAGAACCAUGACUCAAAGGGGCAGCUCAGCCUGGUUGAAGGCUGGGGUCUGGAUGCUUGUGUGGAGCACUGUAUGUAAGCCUCAUGCCAGCAGUUGUCCAGCUCUCUGUACCUGCAGUGGAACCACUGUGGAUUGUCAUGGUUUGGGACUGAAAGCAGUGCCCAAGAGCAUCCCAAGGAACACGGAGCGACUGGAGCUGAGUGGGAACAACAUCACUCGCAUUAACAAGAAGGAUCUGGCUGGCCUGAAGCACAUGCGUGUUUUGCAGCUGAUGGAGAAUCAGCUUGGUGUGAUAGAACGAGGAGCUUUUGAUGACAUGAAGGAGCUUGAAAGACUGCGUUUAAAUCGAAAUCAGCUACAGCAUCUACCAGAAUUGUUAUUCCAAAAGAAUGCUGCUCUCACCAGACUAGACUUGAGUGAGAACCUGAUUCAAGCCAUCCCAAGGAAGGCAUUUCGUGGAGCUACAGACAUAAAGAACCUGCAAUUGGACAAGAAUAUGAUGACUUGCAUUGAAGAUGGUGCCUUCCGAGCACUGAGAGGAAUUGAAGUUUUGACCCUCAACAAUAACAACAUCAGCACCAUUUCCGUCUCCAGCUUCAACCACAUGCCCAAGCUUCGUACUUUCCGCCUGCAUUCUAACAACCUUUACUGCGACUGCAACCUCUCCUGGCUAUCUCAGUGGCUCCGACAGCGACCGACCAUGGGGCUCUUCACACAGUGCUCAGGCCCUCCUCAGCUCCGUGGUCUCAAUGUGGCUGAGAUUCAGAAGCACGAGUUCAUAUGUUCAGGUGAGAUGUCAGGUAAGACUGACACUAACCAUCCCCAGCCAUGCAGUCCAUCCAUUGGUUCCUGCCCAGCAAUGUGUACCUGUAGCAAUGGCAUUGUUGAUUGUCGAGGCAAAGGCCUAACUGCCAUCCCAGCAAACCUGCCAGAGACCAUGACUGAGAUUCGACUAGAACAGAAUGGAAUUAAAUCAAUACCACCAGGAGCUUUCUCUCCCUAUAAAAAGCUACGCAGAAUAGACCUCAGUACAAACCAAAUUUCAGAAAUUGCACCCGAUGCAUUUCAAGGACUUCGCUCUUUAAAUUCUCUCGUACUGUAUGGUAAUAAAAUCACCAACCUUCCAAAAGGAGUGUUUGAUGGCUUGUAUUCACUACAGCUGCUGCUUCUGAAUGCAAAUAAGAUCAACUGUAUACGGGCAGACAUGUUCCAGGAUCUUCAGAAUCUCUCACUUCUUUCUCUGUACGACAAUAAGAUACAGACUGUGGCAAAGGGGACAUUUUCUGCCCUUCGGGCCAUCCAGACAUUGCAUCUGGCGCAAAAUCCCUUCAUAUGUGACUGCAACUUAAAAUGGCUGGCUGACUAUCUCCGCUCCAACCCUAUUGAGACUAGUGGGGCACGUUGUACAAGUCCUCGCCGUCUUGCAAACAAGCGUAUUGGGCAGAUAAAAAGCAAGAAGUUCAGGUGCUCAGCAAAAGAACAGUAUUUCCUUCCAGGUACUGAAGAUUAUCACCUAAACAGUGAGUGCAACAGUGAUAUAGUCUGCCCUCCAAAAUGCCGCUGUGAGUCAAAUGUGGUCGACUGCUCAAACCUGAAACUUUCCAAAAUCCCGGAUCGCAUACCACAGUCUACAUCUGAGUUAAGACUGAACAACAACGAAAUUACAGUGCUGGAAGCCACUGGAAUCUUCAAAAAGCUUACUCAGCUGAAGAAAAUUAAUCUAAGCAACAAUAAGAUCCUGGAGAUUGAAGAUGGAACAUUUGAAGGGGCCGCCUCAGUCAGUGAGCUGCAUCUAACUGCCAACCGACUGGAUUCUGUUCGCAGUGGAAUGUUUAAGGGUCUGGAGGGGCUCCGAACACUGAUGCUGCGUAACAAUCUGAUCAGCUGUAUCCACAAUGACAGCUUCACAGGGCUGAGGAACAUCCGUCUACUGUCACUUUAUGACAAUCAACUGACCACCAUUACCCCGGGAGCCUUCGAUACCCUUCAGUCCUUAUCGACUUUAAAUCUAUUGGCAAACCCAUUUAACUGUAAUUGCCAGCUGGCCUGGCUAGGUGAAUGGCUAAGAAAGAGGAAAAUAGUGACUGGAAACCCUCGUUGUCAAAAGCCAGACUUCCUGAAAGAAAUUCCACUGCAGGAUGUAGCCUACCCUGACUUCAGAUGUGAAGAAGGUCAAGAUGAAGUCAGCUGUUUCCCUCGGCCCCAGUGUCCUGUGGAAUGUACCUGCCUAGACACAAUAGUCCGGUGCAGUAACAAACACCUGAAAUCUUUGCCCAGGGGCAUCCCCAAGAAUGUCACAGAGCUAUAUCUGGAUGGAAAUCAAUUCACAAUGGUACCUGGCACACUUUCGACUUUCAAAUACCUUCAGCUUGUGGAUUUGAGCAACAACAGAAUUGGUUCUCUGACUGCCUCUUCAUUUACCAACAUGAGCCAGCUCACCACACUGAUUCUCAGCUACAACUCAUUGAGAUGCAUCCCUCCUGCUGCUUUUGAGGGACUCCGAUCACUCAGACUCCUGUCACUUCAUGGCAAUGAGAUCUCUUCUCUACCUGAAGGAAUUUUCAGUGAUGUGACCUCCAUCUCCCAUCUAGCUAUUGGUGCAAACCCACUAUACUGUGAUUGUGGUCUCCGCUGGCUGUCAGACUGGGUCAAAACAGGAUACAAAGAACCUGGUAUUGCCCGUUGUGCUGGACCUCCAGGCAUUGAGGGCAAGCUCCUUCUUACAACUCCCGCAAAGAAAUUUGUUUGCCAAGGUCCUGCAGAUGUGAGCAUCCAGGCUAAAUGUAACCCAUGCCUUUCACAUCCAUGCCAGAAUCAGGGAACUUGCCACAGUGAUGCAGUUGAAAUGUAUCGAUGCAGCUGCAUGUAUGGCUUUAAGGGCAAGAACUGUGAAGUCAUUAUUAAUGCCUGCUUCAGCAAUCCGUGUAAAAAUGGUGGAACGUGCCAAACCAAGGAGGGAGAAGGCAGCAACUUUGUCUGUUCCUGCCCAGGUGGCUACACAGGAACAACCUGUGAGAAGAAUGAGGAUAACUGCCUGGAACAUAAGUGUGAGAAUGGAGGUAGCUGUGUGGACGGCAUUGACAGGUAUAGCUGCCUGUGCACGCAGCACUACACAGGUGAGUUCUGUGAAGAUUUGGUGGACCUCUGUUCUUCAGAACUAAAUCCUUGCCAAUAUGACUCAAAAUGUGUCACCACAGAAGAAGGCCCAAAGUGUGAGUGCACUCCUGGCUAUGUUGGCGACAACUGUAGUAUUAAUUAUGAUGACUGUACCAACCACCGUUGUCAGAAUCAAGCCCGCUGUAUAGAUGAAGUGAAUGGUUAUUCAUGUGCCUGUGUUGAUGGUUACAGUGGUCAACUCUGUGAUAUCCCACCCCGCAUCGCCUCACUUCCAACACGGUGCCAGCGGGCAGACUGCCAGAAUGGUGCUUCCUGCAUUGACAUGGGCAACAGAGCAGUGUGCCAGUGUCUCCCUGGAUUUGGUGGCUUGAAGUGUGAAAAACUAAUCAGCGUCAACUUUGUGGACAGGGACUCAUACCUGCGCUUCAGUGAUCUACAGAGCUGGCCACAAGCUAACAUCACAUUGCAGGUCUCGACGGCAGAAGAAAAUGGGAUUCUUUUGUACAACGGCGAUGACGACCACAUUGCUGUAGAGCUACACCAGGGCCACGUUAGAGUCAGCUAUGAUCCUGGUAGUUACCCAAAUUCUGCCAUCUACAGCUCUGAAACCAUUAAUGAUGGGCAGUUCCACACUGUAGAGCUGGUGACAUUUGACCAAAUGGUAAACCUCUCCAUAGAUGGUGGCAACCCAAUAACCAUGGAUAAUUUCGGCAAGCACUAUCCACAAAAAGGGGAAGCAGAACUCUAUGUCGGAGGUAUGCCUGUGGAUGUAAACUCUGCUGCCUUCCGCAUUUGGCAAAUUCUCAAUGGUACCAGUUUUCAUGGCUGUAUACGAAACCUCUACAUCAACAAUGAGCUACAAGAUUUCACCAAAACCCAGAUGAAGCCUGGAGUUCUGCCUGGCUGUGAACCAUGCCAAAAAAUAUUAUGCAUUCAUGGCAUUUGUCAGCCAAAUUCAGCUUCUGGCCCUGUGUGCCACUGUGAACCAGGGUGGGUAGGACCUCAGUGUGACCAGUCAACCAGCAGCCCCUGUCAAGGACACAAGUGUGUCCAUGGCACCUGUAUACCCCUAGAUCAACUGUCCUACCGCUGUGAGUGCAAGGAGGGUUUUAAAGGUGCACUCUGUAACCAGCAGGAAGAGCUCUACAAUCCAUGCAAGAAGCUUCAGUGUCAGAAUGGCCACUGCCAAAUCUCAGACUUGGGAGAAGCGUACUGCGAAUGCGACAGUGGAUAUUCGGGAGAGCUAUGUGAAACAGAAUCUGAAUGUCGAGGUGAACAAAUGAGAGACUACCACCAGGUGCAGAGAGGUUAUGCCAUUUGCCAGACUGCAAGAAUGGUUUCCUGGGUUGAGUGCAGGGGGUCCUGCGAAAAUCAAGACUGCUGCACAGGACUGCGCAUGAAGCGGCGAAAAUAUAACUUCGAGUGCAGUGAUGGGUCCUCCUUUGUAGAGGAAGUGGAGAAACCAAUUAAGUGUGGCUGCGCAAGAUGUAUGUAAUGUCCAGUGAAAGACAACAGUGCGCAUGUACAAAAGAGUGUGCAAGACAAUGGACAGUCAUAUUUGUAAAAUAGGACAUUACAUACCUUUCAGAUGUGUAAGCAUCAUCAUAUCUGUGACAUUUAAAAGCCUGCAUCCAGAAACCAAGAAACAGAGACACACACAAACACCUUCAUACUGACUUAAUGGUGUGCUGCAUAGUGUUGUAAUCACUGAAAGGUAUACAAAUUGUCUAUAUGUACUGAAUUUAGAGGGGAAGAAAAAGAGUUUUUAAGAACAUUUCAGAAGAUGAAAUUAGUAACACAAGCUUGUUAUUUAUAAAAUGUCUUAGCUAGGUGAUUGGUAUAAGGCAGACAGAAUGUUUUUUUUUUUUUUUUUCAUUUCUUGUCCUGAAUCUGUUGUUGAGAUUCAGAAAAAACUGGAACAGUAUUGCUUUAAUUAAAAAAAAUCAGAGACA